AGCAAACGAAAGAAGGCAGGGGAAGGGAUGCUGUCAUCCGCUGAUUCCAUCGAGGAACCCAGUGAGAACAUGUGUUUAUUUGGGAAAUCUGUAAUGCCGCUUAUCCAUCCAUAACUGCUGUCACCCGGAGGCGUUCAUGAGGAUGAUGGCGUCCCAACGGUGCACGGAGAAAGCCGUGCACGAGUUCCUGUUGGAGAAAGGAGGGAGGGUCCGACAGAUGGAGCUGAUCGAUCAUUUCGCAUCUCCUUGUAACGAGCAGCAGAAAGAAGGAGCGGGAUGGGAGCUGCUGAGAGGAAUUGUUGACAGCGUGGGGUUCGUAAAGGUGGAGGACGGGGAGAAAUUUGUGUGUUUAAACGGAGACGGCAGCAGGGAGUCGGUGAUGCGUCAGGACGCAAACGGCCACGUUAACGCAGAGUGCAACGGGAACAUCCAAGCAGUGCAGGACAACAAGCAGGUGAAUGGAAACCCUGAUGAUGACGGAGGACAAACAGGAGCCCGUCCAGACAAUGACAAGCAGUCAAAUGGUAACAACCAAUCUGUGGCCCAGUCCCAGAGUAACGCUGAUUCACGAACACCGACCACUGCUGGGGGAGGGGAGGUGAGGCUGAGGGAUUGGAGGAGGAGAGAGUCGGCUCCGACUAUCGGGAUGCCGGACCUGGAUCCGGCCCAUCCUGGUGGCUCCCACAGCCAUGCGGUGAGAGGAGCGCGCAGAGUGUCCAAAGGAUCCCAGCGGGCCGCGCUGAUCAGCUGCCUGUCUGAAGACAGCGCGCUGGAGGGGCUGGAGUCUGUGGGGGAAAUACAAACACCGAAAGGAAGCCGCAGGAACUUCAUAGAGCUGAUGAUGAGCAGUUCUCCUCAGGUUCGCAGGUCUCUAAUCAACCGCGGGUCACGCAAACGAGACUCGGUGAGGAGCGACGGCGACUCCUCGUCCGUCCUCUCUUCUGCCACAGACGACGAAAGCUCCUCCGUAACUCUAGACCCUCUGGAGCACGAGUGGAUGCUCUGCUCCUCAGAGGGGCUGUGGGAGAGCUUGCAGGCCCUGCUGGCUGUCGAACCGAGUCUGGUGGCCAAAAGAGACUUCGUGACCGGCUUCACCUGCCUCCACUGGGCCGCCAAGCAGGGCAAGCCUGAGCUGCUCGCCCAGCUGCUGGCCUUUGCCAGGGAGAACACGAUCCCCGUCAAUGUGAACGCCAGAUCGAGCGCUGGGUACACGCCCCUACACCUGGCCGCCAUGCAUGGACACACUCAGGUGUUCCGUGCGCUGCUCUCAGACUGGGAAGCAGAUCCAGAAGCGCGGGAUUACAGCGGGAGGCGAGCCCUCCAGUACCUGUCGCCGCACCUGGCCACCGAGCUGGAAAGGCAGGGGGUGGUCUCCUCCCCCGGAGCCGAGUCGGACGUCGAAAACGGCAACGGCGGCAGCAGCAGGACGCGCGGCUGGAGGUUCCCCAAAGUCCUUCAGGGAAACCUGAAAUCCCUGCGGCUGCUGACCUCACCAACAGAGUCGUCGGAGGAAUCGCCCGAGAAAACCAAGGGGGGCCUGCAGAGGAAGUCGUCCCUCGGCCGGCUGAACGCUCGGCUGCAUCGAGGGCGCCACCGAGCACAGAUCAUCCACAGCGCCUCGUUCAGGGACAGCGGGGAGGUGGGGAGAGACGAGGAGCUACCUAGGAGUCCUCUGAGAACCAGACCUCUGUCUAACCUGUUUGGAUAAAGUCCUACCAGCAACACAAACAGAGUUGGACAUAUAUUUAUAAUUUAGACGCAUAUUUCCCAUCCGACAGAUCAGAUCGCAACAUAUUACGACUCCGAGCAUUUUUGUAUAUAAUGUAGAAGUGAAGAGAAAUACCAGCAUGGAGUUUGAUCCUCAUGCAGUGGUUUUUGUUAAGCACAGAGAACAUUUACAAUUUUUUUUGUUUCUGACUAAAACAGUUUCAUGUUCCUUUGUUUUUAAGGACUUUUCAGAACCAAACCUUUUACAAACAGAACAUUUUAUACUGAAAUGAUUUUCCAAUAAUAGUUCCAAAUUCUAAUAAAAACCUCCGCCAUAGUGUCCAAAAAUCCACCUCUCUGGUUGGAUAAUAUUUGUAGGCUGGAGUUUCUCCGUUUCACCGGAUGGUGCUCAUAUUUCCUGUACGUCUCUGUAAUGUUUUUAACGUAGCAAAUUUUAAAAAUUCAAACCAAUCAGCCUUUUACAGUCACCUUUUUUGCACUCGUCACUUUGAAGUUUUUUUUAGGACAAGCUGAAAUGACGUGAUGUUUCUGGUUUCAUGUUUUCGUUUAAACGAUACCUUCGUUCCACCGACAGACUAAAAACUGCACAACUGAUUAUGUAGCUUUUCCACGUUUUUUUCCAUCACUUUAAGUUUACCAGAGUAAUAAUAGUUUACACCAAAUAAAAUGGCAAGCAGAGAUUAACCUUUUCUUUUUAUUUUUCCUGUUGGCACACAGAGCUGCUGUAACCUUGUCUCCUGAUGAUGAUGAUGCAACACAUUCACUGAUUUUUAUUGUUUCACUUUUGUGUGCUAAUGGUUAUUUUAAGUUUCUUCUUAGGUGCUAUAAAUGGUCACUCUCCACACACUUUUGGGGACCUUAAGUUCUUUACAUGUCAGCACUUUUCUUCCAGAAAUGUAUUAUUCUCCUAUUAUGGAACCUGCUGGUAGUUUAAUGCUGGACGUUUUCUGAGGUUCAGAUGAUUCCAACUAUCCAGCUGAUCAUAGAUCAAUAACAGGCAGAACGAACCAGAGACUUCAUGCUCUCCUCAGAUUUAUACAAUCGUUUGUAUAUUGUAUCUUGUGUAUUUAUUUGCUGUAUAUUGAUGUAAGUAGAACUCAGAAGACCUCCUGAUUGGUUUCCCAUAUAUGUGAACCUGAAUGGCUCAGUGAUGCAACCCAGAUUUCUUAAAUGUUAUUCCUGUGUUUUGUAGCAUUUGAACUUAAAUCAUAGGAAAAUGCAUUCUUGUUUUUUUUUUUUUUUUUUUUU